AUGUUCAGGCAUUUCUUAUCAAGCACAUGGAAGAAGGGAGCGCUCGCAUUGGAAAACAAUAAUCCCCUGUUUUCAUAUUGCUGGAGGAGUUUCCACUACGGGAAGGUAUUAUAGAGGGCAAAUUUCCUGUUAUUAUCGAUUAAGUAUUACUGUUGCUGAUCGUUAAGAUGAAAUCGGUGGUUUUAUUGGGCACGCUGUCCUAAACCCCAAGCCCUUAUCAUGCUAUGUAUGGGGUGCUCUCCCAAUUAUGGCAUGUUUGAUGGGUCUCUUUUUGGUCUUCGAGUUUGAAAAUAUGCCUUUUCUAGUUGAAGCUCAUAUACUGUUGGCAUUCCAUGGUAAUCUACGUAUUAAGUGAUGCGAAGAUUACUAUAAUAAACUAUCUAUCCAUCUAUCGAUCGAAAUGAAUAGCAGGGUCAUAGUGAGUACAGAAAGUUUCCCUUUUUUUGUGGUAAAUUUUUAUUUUCAGUUACAGCAUUUGGUCUUGGGAUGAUCUCAGUGGGCUUCUCAAUUUGCUGAAAGUGGCUCUGGGCCUGAGAGAUCAAGGUACCUGAUUCACUGGGAGUCUCUAGAUUUAAUAGGAGGAGUUGGGUUGUCUGAUUCGACCAAUUUCUAGCAAUCCCUUAAAUUGUUCGAGAGGAGGAUUAUAAUAUCAAAUGGGUCCUCCAAUGAAGAGGAGGCAGCAACGAAACAGGAGAGCAAUGGCUGUGCUUCUGAAGUGAGAAAGAGUCCGCGUCUGUACCAGUGGCGUGUGAAGAUUGCUAACUUUAAUGGAGCACUUUUUCGUAAACAGCUCCUUUGUUGGCUCUGGUACAGGAGGAUGGAUCUUGAAAAGAUAGUAACAAUGAUUGGGCCUUUGUUGGUUUUAGAUGGGUAUCGCCGGAUCUGAAGUAGAUAUCAAGAAUAGAGCUGGGACUCUCUCUAUGCAGUCUAUCUCCCUAAAUACGAUUUUAUAUAAGUCUAAUAGUGGGCAUAAGUGUAUCAUCAUCUCGAGCUAAUCUUUAUCUAUUGACCAGUGGAAAAAAAUAUGCAUGCUGCUAAGUUUUAUUUUAAAAAAAAAGGCUUCUUGUGUCUCAAAUCCAAGGGUUUAUAGUGGGCAUCCAUGGAUUACGGAUGUGCAUUAAAGAUAGAUGUAUGAUGGAGAAAGGCGUGGACACCGGUUCUUCACUUCCAUGUUUUCCUGAGGGAGGAAGAUGGCGUCAGGAUUGGAGGCGGAUUUUUUUUUUUAUAUAGGUACCCAAAUUAUGAUCUUUGUAUUGCUUUGAAAAUAACUUUGUAAUCGAAGUUUCUUUUUUUGUUGUUGUUGUAUUUCUAUGCUUUUCUGGUAGCAUUUUUGUUCCAGAUUCUUUGAUCAUGCCAAGUUCUUCAGUUCUUCAGUUCUUCAGACACUGUAGCUGGUCUAGUUACUACUUGUCGAACUAGAACAUGCCUGAUGAGAGAGUACAACAGCGUUCCUGAUUAUUGCACCAAAAAGCACAAGUUUUCCUAAUUUUCUUGAUAUUUUUCCUCAUGUAGGUCCUCUCGGCUCCUAGGAGUUUCUUCGGUGUGGAGGACUUCGUAGACGAUGACAACAGCCGCCCGUACACGUACAAGAAGGAGAAGAAGUCAAAGAACCCUCAGAAGCAUGUCUCCUUCAAGCAGCGGACGAUAGCAUACAUGGAACCCUUCUCGCUUGAUGUCUUCAUCUCCAAGAGAUUUGUCUCGGCCUCGAUCACCCACCGGGUCACCAGCAAGCAGGUGGCAGUUGCCGGCACCAAUUCCAAGGACAUCAAGGCGGCCCUCAAUUCCAGGUCAGACAUACCCGCCUGCCUAGCCGUUGGCAGGAUCUUGGCCGAUCGGGCUCGCGAGGCCGACGUUUUCACCGCCACCUACACCCCCAGAGAGAGGGACAAGUUUGAAGGGAAGAUCCGUGCAGUCGUCCAGUCGCUGAUAGAUAAUGGGAUCGAUGUCAAAGUCUACCUCGAUUGA